GCCGGGGUACGGCGAUAGCUGGGCGGCGGGCCGCAGGCGAGGGCUAUGGGCAAGGACUAUUAUCAGACGCUGGGCCUGGCCCGCGGCGCUUCGGACGAGGAAAUCAAGCGGGCUUACCGCCGCCAGGCGCUGCGCUACCACCCAGACAAGAACAAGGAGCCCGGCGCCGAGGAGAAGUUCAAGGAGAUCGCCGAGGCCUACGACGUGCUCAGCGACCCGCGCAAGCGCGAGAUCUUCGACCGCUACGGGGAAGAAGGCCUAAAGGGUGGUGGCCCCAGUGGCGGGAGCAGCGGUGGUGCUAACGGUACCUCUUUCAGCUACACGUUCCACGGAGACCCUCAUGCCAUGUUCGCUGAGUUCUUCGGUGGCCGCAAUCCCUUUGACAACUUUUUUGGGCAGCGGAAUGGGGAGGAAGGCAUGGACAUUGACGACCCGUUCUCUGGCUUACCCAUGGGCAUGGGUGGCUUCACCAACCUGAACUUUGUCCGCUCCCGUCCUGCCCAAGAGCCCACCCGAAAGAAGCAAGAUCCCCCCGUCACACACGACCUCAGGGUCUCGCUUGAAGAGAUCUAUAGCGGCUGUACCAAGAAGAUGAAAAUCUCCCAUAAGCGGCUGAACCCCGAUGGAAAGAGCAUUCGCAACGAAGACAAGAUCUUGACCAUCGAAGUAAAGCGGGGCUGGAAAGAAGGGACCAAAAUCACCUUCCCCAAGGAAGGCGACCAGACCUCCAACAACAUUCCAGCUGACAUUGUCUUUGUUUUAAAGGACAAGCCACACAAUAUCUUUAAGAGAGAUGGUUCUGACGUCAUUUACCCAGCCAGGAUCAGCCUUCGGGAGCCCAAAACGCCCGAGAAACGCGGGGACCUCAUUAUUGAGUUCGAAGUGAUCUUCCCUGAAAGGAUCCCCCAGACAUCAAGAACCGUACUGGAGCAGGUUCUUCCGAUAUAGUCACCAGGGUUUCCCAAGGACUGACCGGGGACCUUUCCAGAGCUCAAGGAUUUCCAGACUGUUCCACCAGUUGUGGACCCAUGAGAGGGCGGGAGGGCCCAGGGAGGGCUCUCGUACUGCUGAAUGUUUUCCAGAGAAUAUAUUACAAUCUUUCAAAGUCGUGCACUAGACUUAAGUGGUUUUUCGAGCGAUAGGGCGGCAGGUGGUGGGGACCGCAGGAAAAGGCCUUCCAGUCUGUCCCACUGGGUCCUGCAGCCCUCCUCGGAUGGGCCCACGCCCUCCUCCAGGCCCUGCCUGUGGGCGAGAGGCAGACCCACAGCUGGGCUUGAUCCGUCUGUAGCCCUUUGCUUGUGCGGCCAUUAGUUGGUAUCAGCCCGCCGUCUCGGUUCCCAGGCCCUGUUCGCUCCUCAGUUUUUGUUGUGUGAUCAGUUCGUGUCUUAUUCUGUAUUUGUCUCCCACGUCUUGCUGUUCCUCUGAAGAAUCCUAUUUUCUCUUUCGCCAUCUCAAAUUGAGAACUGACCUAGACUGUUUUUGCAAAACUGCCUGGCCGCCACCACAAGCAACACCUCGUUCCAGCAGGACCAAGGGCGCCGGCCUCGUGUGAAUGAGCUGCGCAGACGCUUCUCCCUGGGGGGCCUGGGGCCCUGGACAGAGCUGGGGGCCUUCUCGACCCCCGACUCCGAGGCCAAGUGCGCUCACUUAGGGGUCAUACUCUUUCUUUCUUCUGUAAGGCAAUCUUUAGGCACACCUGGGACUUACCGGCGGCCCGGGUAAUUUUGUGUUUAACGGACUCUGGACUCUUUCAAAAGGAUCUGAUCCUUUUGAUUUUGCACAGCCCUGGCUAUAAUCCCUUUUGAUAAAAGGGUCUUUGCUUCUGAUUACAGGAGCACUGUGGGACGUUUGUAAAUAUGUUUUUAUAAUUCUGUGUAACGUUGGUGUGCACUCACAGGAAACUGGCCCCCGGCAACUGCUGCUUUCUGUAUCGGGCCAUGAUGGAACUCCAAAGGAACCUUGGGAGUCGGGGAGGGGGGCAGGGGGGGAACAAAGUGUCUGUUCCCUGCAGGCCAGUCUGGUGCUCAGACAUUGGGACUCAUUGUAAGCUGCCACUGCCAGCACGAGACCAAAGCGUGUGACUUGUCAAUGUGCAGCACGACAGCAUUAAAGACCGAUGCUAAACCUCA